AUGUCUACGCCAGCUUGGUACAAUCAGCUUCCCAUCGUCAUGUUGGCCAUCAGGACUACCCCAAAGGAAGACUUUGGAUGUUCCCCCACGGAAAUGGUAUAUGGAGCCACCCUCAGGAUUCCUGGCGAGUUCUUUGAGACUCCACCAGCGGAGACAGCAGCAGAUCAUCAGUCUUUCCUACUGCAGUUGAGGAACAUAGUAAAGGACCUACGCGCCCCAUUGCCCACGCAUCACGGCGCUGUUCGGAAUUUUGAGCCCCCAGCACUACAAACCGCGGCCUACGUAUUUGUGCGUCAUGACGCACAUCGUACCCCCCUUCAAGGCCCCUAUGACGGCCCGUAUAAGGUUCUCAAGAGGCAUGACAAGCACUUCGUUUUGGAUAUGGGAACUCGGAGCGAUUCUGUGUCCAAGGAUUGGCUAAAACCGGCUUUCCGAAAUCCAACACAGUUGCCGGACCCGCUGAUACCCGUCCAAUACACGCCAUGCCACCACACGUAUGCAUCGGUGCAAUAG